GAUGAGUGUACCCGAUAUCAGCCUUGUUUCAAUAAUGCAACAUGUUUGAAUACGAAUGGAUCAUACAGCUGUAACUGUACAGAAGGAUGGGAGGGGCAUGAUUGUGAAAAAGAUGUCGACGAAUGUGAAGUGUUGAAUCUUUGUGAAAACAAUGGAACAUGCAUCAACAUAAAAGGUUCUUACCAAUGUAUGUGUAAGGAGGGGUGGACUGGUCAACACUGUGACAGAGAUAUUGAUGAAUGCGAGUUUCAGCCAUGUUUCAAUAAUGGAACCUGUAUCAACACACAAGGGUCUUAUGAAUGUAACUGUACAUUGGGAUGGGGCAACAAAGAUUGUGUAGAUGAUGAGAACGAAUGUUACAUAUUAAAGCCAUGCCAACACGAUGGAAUUUGUAUCAACAACAAUGGCUCAUAUGUUUGCAAUUGUACGAAGGGCUGGCAAGGACAUGAUUGUGAAGAAGAUGUUGAUGAAUGUCAAAUAUUUAAGCCUUGUCAUAAUAAUGCAUCGUGUCUCAAUAACAACGGAUCCUACGAAUGUGACUGCUUAAAAGGCUGGGAGGGACAACAUUGUGAUACGGAUAUCAAUGAGUGUGACUUUACACCCUGUGACAACAACGGAACCUGCAUAAAUAGUGAAGGGUCAUACACAUGCAAUUGCACAGACGGUUGGGCAGACAAAAACUGCAAUGAAGAUGUCAAUGAAUGUGACGCUUACAGUCCCUGUAGAAACAAUGCUACGUGUAUCAACAAUAAUGGAUCCUAUGUUUGUAACUGCACAGAAGGAUGGCAGGGACAUGAUUGCAAAUAUGAUGUUGACGAAUGCGAAGUAUUCAGUCCAUGCAGAAACAAUGCAACGUGUCUGAACAACAAUGGAUCUUAUCAAUGUGACUGUAUAGAUGGUUGGCAGGAUCAACAUUGUGACAGAGAUGUCAAUGAAUGUGAUUUUGGACCCUGCAAUAACAAUGGAACUUGUAUCAAUAACAAUGGAUCAUAUGUUUGUGAGUGUAUAGAUGGUUGGAAAGGACAACAUUGUGAGGAUGAUGUCAAUGAAUGUGAUUUUAAUCCUUGUGAAAAUAAUGGAACAUGUGUGAACAACAAUGGAUCAUACACAUGUAACUGCACAGAUGGAUGGAAGAAUAAGAAUUGCAUCGAAGAUAUAAAUGAGUGUGAUAUACAUUUUCCGUGCCAAAACAAUGGAACUUGUGUGAAUAACAACGGAUCAUAUUAUUGUGAUUGCAAGGAAGGUUGGCAGGGACACGAUUGUGAAAUCGAUCGCGAAGAAUGCGAUUUAUUUCCGUGUUUAAACAACGGAACAUGUAUAAAUACCCUCGGAUCCUACGUUUGCAAUUGUUCCAAAGGGUGGCAAAACAAAGAUUGCAAGGAAGAUGUGAAUGAAUGUAAUUCAUUUCCGUGUGAGAACAACGGGACCUGUAUCAACAGUUUGGGGUCGUAUACGUGUAAUUGUAGUGAAGGGUGGCAAAACGAAGACUGCAAAGAAGAUAUCGAUGAAUGUAGUGCAUACUCUCCAUGUGUUAACAAUGGUACUUGCAUCAACACGAAUGGAUCAUACUACUGCAAUUGUACUGUGGGUUGGCAAGGAAACAAUUGUGAAAAAGACAUCAACGAGUGCAGUGGUUUAGAAUCUGAGUCCCCUUGCCAGAAUAAUGGAACAUGCAUUAACAACGAUGGGUCAUUUAAAUGUAUUUGUUUGAAGGGAUGGGAAGGAAACCUCUGUCAAACAGAUGAGAACGAAUGUGAUCUAUAUUCACCAUGCGAACACGGAUUUUGUUUGAACACAAAUGGCUCAUACUUUUGUGAUUGUGACGACGGAUGGCAAGGGCAAAAUUGCACGGAAGAUGCCAAUGAAUGCCAGCUCAUCGGUGUAUGUGAAAAUGGAGGAAGUUGUUUGAACACUAAUGGAUCAUACGCAUGCCGGUGUACGGAAGGCUGGCAAGGACAACAUUGCGAACUUGAUAUUGAUGAGUGUAAUGUUACCGAACCAUGCCAGAACAAUGGAAAUUGUAGCAAUACGUUUGGAUCUUACAUUUGUGAUUGCCAAUCAGGGUGGCAAGGCAAAAACUGUCAAACAGAUAUAGAUGAAUGUACGAUAGAACCUUGUGAAAAUAAUGGGACGUGCCACAACAACAACGGUUCAUAUCAGUGUGAAUGUAUGAACGGAUUUCAGGGUCAUCAUUGUGGAGACGAUGUGGAUGAAUGCAUAAUUCAAGCACCAUGUGAAAACAACGGAACUUGUAUCAAUAAUUAUGGAUCUUAUGAAUGUUUGUGCGAUAAUGGAUGGUUAGGAGAUCAUUGUGAGAAAGAUGACGAUGAAUGCAAAAUGUUUCCAUGUCAAAACAAUGGGACAUGUAUCAAUACAGUUGGGUCGUAUGUUUGUAACUGUACUCGCGGCUGGCAGAAUCAAGACUGUAUUGAUGAUGUAGAUGAGUGUAGCGAUAACCCUCCAUGUCAAAACAAUGGCACAUGCAUUAACAAUAUCGGUUCUUACUCGUGCAGCUGCACUGAUGGGUGGGAGGAUGAAGACUGUACAGAAGAUAUCGACGAGUGUGACCGUUAUUCCCCUUGUCAGCAUAAUGGGACGUGUAUAAACAACCAAGGUUCCUACUCUUGCUAUUGCAAGAAAGGUUGGGAAGGUGUUCACUGUGAGAGGGACGUGGACGAAUGCAUGUUUGACCCUUGUAACAAUAAUGGAACUUGCAUCAACGAAGAUGGUUCAUACCAUUGCAACUGCACCGACGGCUGGCAAAACAAGGACUGCAAUGACGAUUUCGAUGAAUGCACAGUCCUUGAUCCAUGCAAGAACAACGGAACAUGCGUCAACAAUGUCGGAUCCUAUGAAUGUCAGUGCACCAAUGGCUGGCAGGGUCAGGAUUGCGGACAUGAUAAAAACGAGUGCGAUUUAUUUGAACCCUGUGAAAACAACGGAACAUGUAUAAACAACAGAGGGUCUUAUGAAUGUAAAUGUCGGAGAGGAUGGACAGGACACCAUUGUCAGGAAGAUGUAAAUGAAUGUUUGACUGAAGAUUUGUGCAAGAAUAAUGGUACCUGUGUGAACAAUAAUGGAUCCUAUGUCUGUCUGUGUACUGAGAGUUGGCUCGGGAAACAUUGUAAUAAUGAUGCGGACGAAUGUGAAAAAGAACCUUGCCUUAAUAAUGGAACAUGCUUCAACAACUUGGGUUCUUAUGAAUGUGACUGUGCACCUGGUUGGCAUGGUUAUGAUUGUGAGAAAGAUACAGACGAGUGCCAGGCUUCCCCUUGUCAAAACAAUGGUAGCUGUCACAAUACAGAAGGAUCUUAUUACUGUAACUGUACGGAAGGGUGGGCCAGUCAAGACUGUGAUAAAGAUGUCAAUGAAUGUGAAGAUGAAGCCCUUUGUCAAAACAAUGGAACUUGCUCUAACACUGAAGGAUCAUAUGUAUGCAGUUGUGUGGAAGGAUGGCAAGGCCAUAACUGUGAAACAGAUACAAAUGAAUGUAAUAUCAAUCCGUGCCAAAAUAAUGGUACAUGUGAAAAUUCUCUGGGAUCGUACGCUUGCAAAUGUAUUGAUGGAUGGGAAGAUCAAAACUGUGAAAAGGAUAUUGAUGAGUGUACAAGAUACCAACCUUGUCAAAAUAAUGGCACGUGUAUAAACAACGAUGGGUCCUUUAUUUGUCAUUGUACAGAGGGCUGGCAGGAUCAAAAUUGCGACGAAGAUAAGAAUGAGUGUCUCCUAUCUCCCUGUCAGAAUAAUGGCACUUGUAUCAAUAGUAUCGGUUCCUAUCAAUGUAAUUGUGAAGCUGGUUGGCAGGAUAAGGACUGUGAGCAAGAUCGAAAUGAAUGUUUAGAUUUGCCUUGUCAAAAUAAUGGUACUUGUAUAAAUAACAACGGAUCAUACACAUGUAGCUGUGAGAAUGGUUGGGAAAGUCAUGAUUGUGAGAAAGAUGUUAAUGAAUGUGUUGUUUACCAACCCUGUCAAAACAAUGGAACUUGCACCAAUAGCGAAGGAUCUUAUACGUGUACUUGCGAGAACGGAUGGAUUGAUCAACAUUGUGGAACAGACGUUGACGAAUGUGAAGAAGUUCGGCCUUGCAGAAACAACGGUACUUGCUAUAACAACGAUGGGUCAUAUGUCUGUGAUUGCCAAGAUGGAUGGCUUGGACAACACUGCGAAUUAGAUAAAAAUGAAUGUGAAGUGUCUCCAUGCCAAAACAAUGGUACUUGCAUUAACAACGAUGGUUCAUACUCCUGUGAUUGUUCAGCCGGAUGGACAGGACAUGACUGUGAAACUGAUGUGAAUGAAUGUGAUCUAUUCCCAUGCCAAAACAAUGGGACUUGCAUCAACUCGCUUGGAUCAUACACAUGUGAAUGUGAGACAGGUUGGCAAGGACAAGAUUGCCAUAUUGAUGUCGACGAAUGUCGAUCUACACCUUGUGCCAACAAUGGAACAUGCAUCAACAAUAAAGGGUCAUACACCUGUGUAUGCAAAAGAGGAUGGACUGAUUUGAAUUGCGACAAAGAUGUUAAUGAAUGUCUAACCUUUCCCUGCAAAAAUAAUGGUACAUGCUAUAAUGAUGACGGCUCCUAUUUCUGUGACUGUACAGAAGGCUGGCAAGGAAAACAUUGCGAUGGAGAUAAUGAUGAAUGUACUUCAUCCCCAUGUCAAAACAAUGGAACAUGUGUUAAUAAUGUUGGAUCGUAUUCUUGUGAAUGUUUGGAAGGGUGGAUGGGAGAUGUAUGCGAAAUAGAUAAAUUGGAAUGCGAAUCUCCAGCGGGAUCCCCAUGUGAAAAUAACGGCACGUGUAUUAACACGCUGGGUUCAUACCAAUGCGAUUGUACGGAAGGCUGGCAAAGUCAUAACUGUGAAAAUGAUAUUAAUGAAUGUCUCGUGAAGUACCCUUGUGAAAAUAAUGCCACCUGUGUCAACAAUGAUGGUUCUUAUAAUUGCGAUUGUGUCGAGGGCUGGAGAGGCAAAAAUUGUCAAACCGAUAUCGACGAAUGUGAAGAAAAUGGUCCAUGUGAAAACAACGGAACAUGUGUUAAUACCCAGGGUUCUUAUGGUUGUGUUUGCACUGUGGGCUGGCAGGGACAACAUUGUGAUAAAGAUGUGAAUGAAUGUUUUGUGAAGGAACCAUGUCAAAAUAAUGGAACUUGUGUCAAUAAUGAGGGUUCCUAUCACUGUAGUUGUUCGGCCGGUUGGGAAGGAAAGCACUGUGACAUAGAUUUCAAUGAAUGUUUGCAUAACCAGCCAUGUAAACACAAUGGAACAUGCCUAAACAACGAAGGUUCUUAUGAAUGCGAAUGCACUGCAGGAUGGACGGGGCAUGAUUGUCAAACUGAUGUGGAUGAAUGUAUCAACUCUCCCUGCAAGCAUGAGGGAACAUGUUAUAAUAAUGAAGGAUCAUAUUUCUGUAAUUGCACGGACGGAUGGCAAGGACAAAACUGUGAAAAAGACGUCAAUGAAUGUGAAUCAUCACCAUGUGCAAAUAACGGUACAUGCAUAAAUAAUUUGGGAUCCUACACUUGUGACUGCACAGAGGGGUGGAAAAACCCGGACUGCAAAACUGAUGUCAAUGAAUGUGAUGCUUCUCCUUGUCAUAAUAACGGGACUUGUAUUAACAACGCCGGAUCGUACAUUUGCACAUGCGCAGCUGGCUGGGAAGGGUAUAAUUGUGAAGAAGACACUAAUGAAUGUACAGAAUUCCCAUGUCAGCACAAUGGUACUUGUUUAAACAAUGAGGGAUCGUACAAAUGUGACUGUACGGCGGGCUGGAAAGAUAAGGACUGUAAAACAGAUGUGAAUGAGUGUGAGAACUCUCCCUGUCAUAACAAGGGAUCGUGUGUCAAUAGUGAUGGCUCCUAUGCAUGUAUCUGUACAAAGGGCUGGCAAGGAUACAACUGUGAAGAAGAUGUAAACGAAUGUGACGAAGAGCCUUGUCAAAACAACGGCACCUGCAUUAAUAAUCAGGGAUCGUAUGACUGUGAUUGUAUGGUUGGAUGGGCAGGCGAUAAUUGUGAAUCAGAUGUAAACGAAUGUGACAACUCCCCAUGUCAAAAUGGCGGUACCUGUAUAAACUCUGAGGGUUCAUAUUACUGCAAUUGUACCAAGGGGUGGACAAGUCAUAUAACGGAUUGCGAGUCAGAUGUAGAUGAAUGUGAAAACAGUCCUUGUCAACACAAUGGAACUUGUAUCAAUAACCAAGGAUCAUACCAUUGCGCAUGCACGGAAGGGUGGCAUGGAGAAGACUGCAAAGAAGAUCGCAAUGAAUGCGAUAAUUUUCCAUGUCAAAAUGGCGGCAUGUGUAUCAAUAAUGACGGGUCGUUUACUUGUGUUUGCAAAGAUGGAUGGGAAGGUGCUGAAUGUCAAAAUGAUACAAAUGAGUGCUUAACGUUUCCCUGUCAAAACAAUGGAACAUGCAUCAAUAACCCAGGAUCCUACAAGUGUGACUGCAAUAACGGUUGGACUGGCAAAGACUGUAUUGAAGACGUCAACGAAUGUAUCAAUGACCCUUGUAACAAUGGAGGGGUCUGCAUCAACACUGACGGGUCGUACAAAUGUGAUUGCAAGGAAGGAUGGGGAGGUCAGGACUGCCAAACAGAUAUAAACGAAUGUGAAAAUUCACCGUGUGAACACAAUGGGACAUGUAUCAAUACACUGGGAUCAUAUAACUGCCACUGCCCUGAUGGUUGGCAAGGCAAAAAUUGCCAGAAAGAUGUGAAUGAAUGUUUGAACUCGCCGUGUUUUAAUGGUGGAACCUGCAUUAAUAACGCUGGUUCAUUCACCUGUAACUGCACUGAUGGAUGGGAAGGAAACGAGUGCUCUGAAAAUAAAAAUGAAUGCCUGAUAGAAGGUCUGUGUGAGAACGGUGGCACGUGCGUGGACACACAGGGGUCGUACAAGUGUAAAUGCAUCUUAGGAUGGGGUGGUCAAAACUGUGAGAAAGAUGUGAACGAAUGCAACCAGUUCCCAUGUGAAAAUGGUGGAACGUGUAUGAACAACGAUGGAUCCUUUACGUGUAUUUGCAAGGAGGGUUGGGAUGGACCCACCUGUCAAAAUGAUGUGAACGAGUGCCUUGAAAAUAAUCCAUGUAUGAACAAUGGAGCAUGUUCUAAUACACGUGGUUCCUAUCGAUGCGCAUGCCCUUCUGGAUGGACAGGAAAACAUUGCGAAAAAGAUAAAAAUGAGUGUUUAUCUCUGCCUUGUGCUAAUGAUGGUACCUGUAUGAACACUGCUGGCUCUUACACCUGUGAAUGUAAGGAAGGGUGGACGGGACAAGAUUGCAAAGAAGAUGUUAAUGAGUGCUUAUCUUCACCUUGCAAAAAUGGGGGCACCUGUCAAAACACAAGGGGCUCCUUUAAAUGUCAAUGUACGCCGGGCUGGGAGUCUCAAACCUGUGACAAAGAUAUAAACGAGUGCGACAACAAUCCUUGUGAAAAUGGAGGAUCUUGUACCAACACAGAAGGCUCUUACACAUGUUCGUGUUCCGCCGGUUGGUCGGGGUCACAAUGCAAAACAGAUGUUGAUGAGUGCAAGAAUACUCCAUGUAAAAAUGGCGCAGAAUGUCAGAACAACGAAGGUUCCUUCAUGUGCCAGUGUAAGGAAGGAUGGACGGGUCAACAUUGUGAUGAAGAUAUUGACGAAUGUGAAGGGGUUCCAUGUAGGAAUGGAGCAUGUGUUAACACACCUGGGUCUUAUACCUGCGACUGUGAAUCUCAAUGGACGGGCAAGCACUGUGAAACAGAUGUCGACGAAUGUUUGUUUUCCCCAUGUCUAAAUGACGGAACAUGCAGAAAUCUUAUUGGUUCUUACGAAUGCACGUGUUCCGAUCCAUGGUUUGGUCAAAACUGCGAAAGUGGUAUAUUUACGACAAGCGCAAGGGAACAGUUAGCGAGUAGAAACGUCAGUAUCCAGUGUGACAUCAAAAAUCUUGCCGAGUGGAAAAAUUUGAUUGUGGCUCGAAAUAAGGUGCCGGUUAUUAGAGUAUUGCCUGAUGGCACUGCUCAAUCAAGGUUUCACAAAGCAAGGGUAGUUGUGGAGCCGACGAUGCCUGACGAUGACAUCAAUUUGAAGAUAACGUUUGCUUCUUUUCGUUGCAUGGAUGAAGGCUUAUAUACAUGUAUGAUUGACCAAAACCAAAAAACCUCACAGGACAUGGAAGCGAUUGUCACAACUCCUCCAAGAAACACCCCCCAAUUAACAAAGAUUGAAGAGCUGUACGGAGAAUCCCAUGUUGAUUUUAAUUGCACCGGUAACCCUGGAUAUCCAGAUGGAGACUUGAAAUUUGAGGUCAUGCUUUCAAAUGACACAGAAUUUCGACCGUUUCAGUUUUACAGCUCUAAAGUGACAAAUGAGGAUAGAAAAUGUGUUAGAUCUCAGUUAGUGAAUACCACCUUCUUGUUUAACGUUGAAUGGAACCAAGCCAAAAUUCGUUGUACUAAUGGUCCAAAUUAUGAUGAGACGAACAUUUAUAUCAUCCCACCCCAAAUCUGUUCACGAGUACCGGUCAACAGGAGCGUGAGACAUCCUUACAAUAAAAAUAAAUAUAUCACGUGCACGCGUGAGGCCCCACAAGCUCGAUAUUGUCCUGGAUCCACAUGUUUUGACGAGCGUUCACAGCAAUGUACUUUUACGUGUAAUAGAUAACAAUUGUAUAUAUCUUAGGUUUGAACUUUCAGAUUUGUAGUAUAGUAUUUAUUUUGUUAUUCUUUCUUUUUUUAUGUGAUUUUUACAUUGUUUGCAAUAAACUAUUUUUGUAAUUUUUAUCAAA